GACGCACCAGCUAUUCUCUCAGCCGCAUAGGAACAUGGAUUUCAUUUCAAAAAACGAGCAGAAAGAGGAGUCAUUUGAGGGAAGUGACAUGGACGACGGUAGUCGGAUGAUGGUGUUGAUACGGCGCCUGGAAAUCGGGCCGGGAAGGAGAAGCUAUGAAAAGUAGAAGAAAGGAGAACAAGGAGAGGAUUUUCAUAUAAACAAUUAUUAAUACAUGUAGCAUGGGUUCUUGAACCCUUGCAACAAACCUUUGCAAGGGUGAGUUAAAAAAAAGAUAGCAGGGUUUA